UUGAAUAACAACGUAAACAUUCCUUGAACUAGGUCAGCGUGUUGCAAGCAGUGCAAGAUUAUCUAAUCUGUAACCUGUUCUGUGGCUGAUGGCAUGAACAAAUCUGUGUGUAGGCUAAAUGUUCUGAUUGUCUUUCAGUGUCCGGCGUUCGAGUGACCAAUGGUUCUAAUUAUAUAAUGUAGACAGGUGUAUAGAUAACCAACAUCUAAAAUGGAGGGCAAGGAUAUACACUACAAGGCCCACUGCUUGCGAGAGUUAUUCUGUGGUCGAUUUACUCAGCAAGAAAUCGUACGUGUGUUAGAUGAGUUCGAUGAAGAUGAGUAUCAGGCACUGGAUUUUUUGUUAACAGAAGACCCUGCGGAAGUCAGUCGAUUUUUGAAAAGAACUACAAACUACAUAGAAACUCUGCAGGAAGACUCCAAGGAAUUGCGAGAGUUUCUGGAGACGAGUGAGAUAGUGGUAAAACCUUCAGAACGUCUCUUUGCUUGUAUGACGUGCAACAGGAGCUGGUGGAAGAAAGUGCCCUACAGAAAAGAAGUCUCAAAGUGUAAGGUGUGUCUGAUCAGGUACGAAGCUAUUCCAAAAGAUAAAGAGUGGGGUGUUGGAAUAUUUCACUGCCAGACAGCGGGAUGUGGGAAACAGUUCAGGGGCUGGGCCAUCAUGGGGAUGACUCAGAGCAGAUGUCACCAAUGUCAUGUACCUGUCACUGUCUCGACAAUACUCUCACACAAGAAGUCAGAACGCACAUGGAAAGCUCGUGAUACUCACGAGUGCAAUGGAAUCAACUGUUAUAACAGAAACAUUUACGUGACUGGGGGGCCACAGACAUAUAGUCCAACUGACAGGGUACCAAUAUGUGCUCAUCCCAAGUCUCGACACCUCAUACCUCCUGGGUCAACCUUUCUGAUCUGGAGUGUCCGUCACUCAAGCUCUGGGUCAACCGUGUCUACAUUCAUGGAUCAAGGCAGCAUAAGUUCAAGGUCUGGCAUCGUCGCUGCCACCCCUCAUAGGCAAGGCCCAGAGGCAAGCUCUGCAAAUGCCCAGUUCACGUCUGGACCAGCGGUUCUAGUCUCUUACAGGCCUCCUCAGCAGCAACAUUCCAUGUCUGGUUGGGUUGUAUAAAUGUAAAAUCAGUUCGAACAUCGGGAGAUAUAAAUAGCCAUAUUAGAAAAGCUAAUGGGCUAUUGGAGUGAAUCUAUUUUGAUAGAUAUAAAUAGCUAUGCCAGAAGACGUUUAUGGGUAUUAGAAGCCAAAAAACUUGUGUAUAUGAAAUAAACUUACAUUGACCAAGUCAUACAUAUUGUCUCUGAAUUGAAUCUCUGUGGAAGCUGAGGGUUCCACACAGAAGUUUGGCUCAUGUCUCUCUGUUAUACCUGAUGCUGGUAAUAUCGGUGGAAAUAAAUAUUAACAAAGACUUAUAUAA